UUACCACAGAGCAGACACAGAGGGCUGAGACACUGGACCAUGUUUCCGUUGCAUUCCAUCUCUAUCCUGGUCCUCAUGAUCUGCCUGGGCCAGCCGACCCACAUGCAGGAUGAGUAUCUACCCAGACCCUACAUUUUUGCUGAACCAGGCAAUGUGCUACCUAGAGGGAUACCAGUGGUCAUCAUGUGCAAGAGCCCUGUUGUGUUUGAUCGGUUCCGCCUGGAGAAGGAAAAUUUCAGGAUCAUAGAUGUGAUGAACUCCUCUUCUUCUAAGACAGAAGCCAGGUUCUACCUUGGUAGAGUGAGUAAAGACACCGCUGGACUCUAUAGAUGUCUCUAUGAGGUAAAGAACACCUGGUCCCCACGCAGUGAGACCCUGGUUCUGGAGGGCAUUCAUGAGGACAUCACCCAGGCCUCUGCUACAAUCACACAAGUUACCCCAGGCUUCACCCUCCAGAGUUACAAGGUGUGGAAUGGUGUCCGCAUGGCCCUGGCUGGGGUAGUCUUGCUGGUCCUGGGGGCAAUCAUUGGAGAAGCUUGGUACAAGCAAAAGUCCACAGACAGCUCCAGAACCCCAGAAGGACACAACCAAGGGGACUAAGUUUCAUCUUGGUGUCCAAGAAGACCAAGAGCUCAUAUUGGCCUAUGAGUUCCAUGGGUCUAGACUGUUGCCAGAGAAUAUUCUAUAUUUAGAGUCAGAAAUUUGUCUUGAUAAUUUGCUUAAACAUGUGAUUUCACAGUCAGGAGCCCCCUGCACCCUCUUCCUUGGUCUUUCUUGCCUUCUGACUCUUUUCCAUCCAUUAACUUCCAGCCUAUGUUGGUCCUUAAUGUAAAGUGAGUUUCAUGUAUAUAUUCAUGGAUUUUACUUUUUAA